AUGGCUUUCCCGCCCAUAGUCCAAGAAUACGACUCAAAUCAGCCGUCUUCAACCUUCAGUGUCCAAGCAGAAAUUCAACGGGAAGCCGAUAGCCAUGGCAUCACUCGACCAAAGGGCUAUACAGUAUCAUGGCACUACAACCCGGAAGUCGAAAAUCACCAUUUCGGUCAGACUCAUCCGAUGAAGCCAUGGCGCCUUACCUUGACCAAAUCCCUUGUUCUAUCAUACGGUAUGCACACAGCAAUGGAUGCUUAUUUAUCGCGGCCGGCCACAAAAGACGAAAUCAAGGAGUUUCACAAGGAUGACUAUGUUGACUUCCUCAAUGUCGCAACGCCUCAAAACAUCUACGAAAUGUACCCAGAACUCGCCACUGGUCCUCAAGGCUAUUCUUCCGCCAUUUUCGGGGUGGGAGAUGAUUGUCCCAUUUUUGAUGGUCUCUACAAUUAUUGCUCCUUAUAUGCCGGUGCCUCUAUCGACGCAGCCCGCAAGUUGUGCAACAAGCAGUCCGACAUCGCAAUCAACUGGAGCGGUGGACUUCAUCACGCCAAGAAGGCUGAAGCCUCUGGCUUCUGUUACGUGAAUGACAUCGUACUCGCCAUCCUUGAACUACUUCGCUACCACCCACGUGUACUCUAUAUUGACAUCGAUGUGCACCAUGGUGAUGGUGUGGAACAAGCAUUCUGGUCCACUGAUCGCGUCAUGUGUGUUUCCUUCCAUAAAUAUGACAAAGAAGUUUUCUUUCCUGGCACCGGGCCUUUAGAAUCUAUCGGCCCCGUUCACCCCAACAACCCCGGCAAAAACUACACCAUCAAUAUUCCACUAAACGACGGCAUCGAUGAUGACAGCUAUGCCUACCUCUUCGCAAGUGUCAUCGAACCAACCAUUAACAUCUACAAACCUGAAGCCAUCGUGCUGCAGUGUGGGGCCGACAGUCUCGGUCACGAUCGACUAGGCUGCUUUAACCUCAACAUUCGCGGGCACGGCAAUUGCGUUAGUUUCGUGAAGAAAUUCAAUAUUCCCUUAUUAGUAGUCGGUGGAGGAGGCUACACACCACGGAAUGUUGCACGAGCAUGGGCGCACGAGACCAGCAUUUGCAUUGGUGCGGACAAAACGCUCAACCCGGCUCUUCCAGAGCACACACCAUACCGCGAUGCCUUCCGACGCGAAGGCCUUACCCUUUUCCCCAACCUCGGUGGCUGGCGGAAAGAAAAUAUGAACAGCCGCGCCGACAUCGAACGGAUCAUCAAACACGUCCGAGACCAGCUAGCAGAAAUCCGAGCCGCUCCCAGCGUGCAAAUGAAGCACAUCCCACCAGACCUUCAGGGGUGGCGCGACGAUGUAGAGCUAGAGUUACGGCAGAAAAGAGUCGACCGUGACGAGAAACAGGAAGAACGCGAUGGUGCUGGAGGACUCAUAGCCAAAGCCAGCCGGCGGAGAGAACUGGAACGUACGGGCCUGGGCACACUGCAGGGCAGUGUGGCGGGGAGUGUUGCUGGAGGAGGUGGUGGAGGAGCGGGAAGUGUGUCCGGCAACAACGGGACGGGGGGCGCAAAGUUUGGUGAUUUCCUCAGUGUGUCUUGA